GUAAUAUGUUCUGUCUGUGGUGUAGAAUGGGUACCCUCCUCUGUGGUGUAAUAUGUUCUGUCUGUGGUGUAGAAUGGGUACCCUCCUCUGUGGUGUAAUAUGUUCUGUCUGUGGUGUAGAAUGGGUACCCUCCUCUGUGGUGUAAUAUGUUCUGUCUGUGGUGUAGAAUGGGUACCCUCCUCUGUGGUGUAAUAUGUUCUGUCUGUGGUGUAGAAUGGGUACCCUCCUCUGUGGUGUAAUAUGUUCUGUCUGUGGUGUAGAAUGGGUACCCUCCUCUGUGGUGUAAUAUGUUCUGUCUGUGGUGUAGAAUGGGUACCCUCCUCUGUGGUGUAAUAUGUUCUGUCUGUGGUGUAGAAUGGCUAUACUCCACUCCACAUCGCGGCUAAGAAGAACCAGAUGGAGAUUGCCACGACGCUGCUGGAGUAUGGAGCCGACACCAACGCUAUGACACGUCAGGGCAUCACACCACUGCACCUGGCCUCUCAGGAGGGCAACGUAGACAUCGUUACCCUGCUACUGGCCAGGGAGGCCACCAUCAGCUUGGGCAACAAGAGUGGUCUGACUCCUCUCCACCUGGCAGCUCAGGACGACAAGGUCAACGUAGCUGAGGUGCUGGUUAACCAGGGGGCCACUGUUGACCCAGAGACUAAG